GAUCGCGUUAUUCGCACUUGGCAACCUAAAGCGUCCUCGGUGAUUAAAAGGGGGACUUCACCGGCUUAUCCAACUUUAUCGGAACAUAUGUGGGUGUCGAAUACAGUUAGAUGAAAGAGAAAGAUAUGGAAGGAUCGGCGGAUCCCGUGGGACCUCCGGAGGAUCAGGACGUUCUACAGGAGAACCCCGAUGUUCCUAAUGGCGUCGGAGAAUCGUCACAGGAAGUUACAGAAGUGGAGGAAGAACCGGAACGGGAACCUGAACCGCUCAACCUAGAAGACUACUUAUACGAUGACGGACAAAGUGUGACACUUGACCUGAACGAACAGAUGUUGAUGGUCGUACCGGAAGGCGUAUUUGAAUUCAAAAAGCUCACACAUUUGAUGCUUGGAGACAACGGUCUCACGAGUCUUCCGGACGACAUAGAGAAGCUAGUAAAUCUAGAGAUUCUCGAAGUGCCAAACAAUAAACUUGGCGUCAUUUCUAGUAGCAUAUAUCUUCUCUAUCAUCUACGCGUGCUAGAUUUCUCUAAUAACGAGAUCACUGAAAUACGACCGGAUGUUGCAAGUCUUCUGGACAUGCGCGAGUUGGUAUUCCACGGGAACAGACUGACUCAUAUUCCGGCACAGAUUGGCUAUCUCGAGCAACUCGAAUAUCUUAUCCUGAGCGAAAACAGAAUUUCCGAACUUCCAAACACAAUUGGUCAUUGCAAAAGUCUGAAGGUGCUUGCAUUGGAGAGAAAUGUACUCGACUUUGUCACACCAGAAGUGUGUAAGAUAGAAGAUCUUCGUAGACUCGCUUUAUCCGGAAACCAUAUAACAAACCUACCGAGAGAAACAGAAAACUUCACGUGCCUUGAGCAACUUCUGCUGGAUGAUAAUGAGUUUGAGUUUGUCCCCAUUCAAGUAUAUUGGAUGGAAACUCUGACGGAACUUGCUCUGAGUGGGAACAAAUUGACGGCAAUACAACCGGAAAUUGGAAAUCUCAAAAAUCUGACAGUUUUAGGACUAAACAAUAACCAGAUCGAAGUCAUUCCGGAUGAACUUUGUGACCUCAAUUUGAUAGAGGUUUUAGGUCUGGAGAAUAACAGAAUAAAGAGAAUCCCGGAUAACAUAUCCAAUUUGUACAACCUCAAGGAGAUAUAUGUUGGGAAUAAUUGCAUCAAUGAAAUUCCGGAGAAUCUCUGCUGGUGCUCUAAUCUGGAGGUUCUGAGCUUGUUGAAGAACCAGAUUUCCGACCUUCCGGUUGAACUGGAGAAUUUGCGACGCUUACAUUCUUUAGUGUUAUCAGACAAUGCAUUCGAGGUACUUCCUCCAGCUAUCAGUUCUCUUCAUGGUCUGGAAAUAUUUCUUUCUGACGGAAAUAAAGUCUCACAACUUCCGGAAGAUUUUGGGAAUAUGAGUAAAAUGAAACAGAUAAAUCUCAGCAGAAAUGCAUUCACGGAGUUUCCGAGGUCGAUGUGUUCACUCAAGGGGGUGGAGGUUUUGGACAUGAGGCACAACCAGCUGCAGGCUAUACCCAACGAAGUUACCAGAUUUGAACGAAUGCGUGUUCUUAACUUGAGCAAUAACCGGAUCCGAAGUCUGGACCCGGAGUUUUGUGGCAUCAAGAACCUUGAAGUUCUAGAUCUUUCUGACAACCUACUUGACGACAUUCCUGAGGAAUUUGAAGGAAUGAACGAACUAGCUGAUUUGGAUAUUUCAAACAACCAGUUUUUACAAUUUCCAAAAAUUGUGUUUGCUAUACCGAAUCUUGAACGUCUGAAGUAUGAUCAGAAAAACGGACACCCGACUCCGUCACUUCCGGAUGAGGUUGAGUUCUCUGGACUUUCCUAUCUAAUCGUAUCGAAUAACUCAUUGAGAACCCUCCCAAAUACCAUCAGCGGCAUGAAGAACAUUCAGUCCUUUGUAGCAGACUACAACGACAUAUGUGUACUACCAGAGGCUCUUUGUGAGCUAAAAAAUCUCAAAGUGCUUCAUUUGAAUAAUAACUCAUUGAUGUCACUUCCGGAAAAUUUCGAUAACCUAUCAGGUUUAAAGGAUCUGCGUCUCUAUAACAACCCGUUAAAGACUCCGCCGAUGGACAUUUGCGUUAGUGGUGUCAUGCAGCCGAUUGGUCGAUUCAUCAGACGAGCGAUGGAGCGUGAGGAAAUGCUGCUGUUGAAGAUGUUUGACGUGAUCAAGCUGUCCCUGGAUAAAAACGAGAUCCGGUACAUGAUGAAGAAGUUCCGGUUCCCGGAUACGAAAAUCACGGAACUCGAACAGACGUUCCACGGGAAAGACAGGAUUCAGGAUCGAGUCUACAACGCCAUGUUGUUCUGGAAGGACUUUAAGGGACCCCUAGCAACCAUUGACGAACUUAUUCGGGUGUUCCAUAUCGUUGGUUACGAGGAGUUGUGUUCGAAACUAAAGGCUAUGAAAAUUUUCGCCCAGAGGUUAAGGUUUUAGGGUAGAUUUUACCUUAAGACACCGUAUGGUUCCGCGCACAAGGGUUUGUCCGAAGAUGUGAUUCUAAGCAUUCUGACUGGUGUACCUACUUUAACGAACUUUAACGAAUCAUACCAGGGGGAUUCUUACGUACUUUCUCUGGUGGUCUUACUCAUACGAUAUGACUCAUCGCGGUAGGCCGCUAUACUCUAGUUAUGUUAGAAAAUAGCGUUUAGCUCUUACCAAACUUUUUAAAGUUCUGCGUGUGGACUUGGCAAAGGGAUAUUCCGCACAUGGACUGCAAAAAAUGCCAUCAAAAAACGUCGGCACUUUCCUUAAACGAGAAAUACUAGAAAAUACUUUCUCGUUUACGGAAAGUGCCGACGAUUUCCGAUUGCAAAUACAUGUAAUGUUGUAUAAGGAGGGAGAUAUACGGAAAAGAAGUUGACGGAACUGAGCCGAGUAACUAUCGGUUACCGGACAGCUUAUUUAGUGAGAGCGGCCGGACUGAGUUUCGGAAGUCCCGAGUUAGAAGUUUGGUCUUGGUGUGUAUCAUUUCUCAAUGUUCAUGAAAUAUAUUUAACAGGAUGUGCAUUUUAGAGUUAUCUGGGGGAGAAUAGAUCUGAAUUUAAAUGUGUCGGGAAUACUUUUGAACAAAAUGUAUUUUUAUUUAACAAAUAUGUUAUUGUUUUUUUUGGGACUUGAGGCCCUCCUGGUUGUGUUGUGUGAAGUUCAGCCAUGAUAAGAUACACCGUCGUGAAAAUGAAAUGAUUACAACAAAUAGAGUAUACAACAAUACACAUGCUCCUGUGCUGCCGUAAUAGGCUGUAUCGAGUUUUUGACCGGAAGUAAAACUCGGAUCACAUUGGUAUUACCAUUGAUAAGCUGUUAAUCAGUGUCGGUCUAAAGCACGACAAGGACCCCUACGUUCAUUUGAAACAAAUCAUUGUAAACAACCACGAUAUGCUUAAAAAAUAAUCAAUGACUUUGAUUAUUAGAGUUUUGUUCCCUGUGUCUUUUGGACACUACACAUGACAUGAUUAGCUGUGAUGGUAACUUUGUCUGUAAUACACAAUUAUUGCCUUUUUACGAGGUCAACGUGCAGUUUUGUCAGCCCGAUGAAAAGUAAAUCUAUUACUUUAAUUCUUUGAUUGAUACAACUUUACAUGUAAUAUAUACAAAAUGCUACAAUGGUAUAUUUUUUGUUUCUAUUUACACAUGAUUCAUGAUGUUAAACUGAAGCUAAUAGCGUUACUAAUAGAGUAUUACUAAAAUGAGAGAUAUACAUCGAAUACCACUUUCCCCUUUUGACAGUGACGUCACACUACCCAGCGAAAAUCACUUUCUCGGUUCUCGAAUAUCAAACAAUGACUAAUAUAAUCCCCCCUAUCUUGAGAAUGUGACAGAGUAACUUCCAACCCGAGGCGUGAUUUAUUUUUUUCCGUCCCGGGGCUCUAACGAGGGUUAGACAGCCGAAUAAUCACCCCGAGGGUUGGAGAAUGCUCUGUUACACUCUCCAACAACAGAACCGUAUUCUAACAAGAUAUAAAAUAAACAUAUAACCAGUCACUUUUUAUGACGUCACAAGUCAGCGCGUUCUGUUCUGCACGCGGCUAUCUUCUUCCCCUAUCUAUAACAGAGGUUAUUGUACAGCUACUAUACUGUGCCCGGUAGAAUGUUUCGAAGCUUAUCUUUUAUAACUUUUACAUUGACAUGUGUGAACUAAGAUUCUCUUCUUGUGUAUAUACUAGUCAUUUAAAUCUGAAUUUUAGAACUAAAUUUCUAUAUUCGUACCCGUAUAACUUUGUUUACAAUUACAUUUCUUAUUGUCUUACUUUUCUUUUGGUAUUUUUGUUCAAUGAUUUUAUUGAAUAUUUGAUAAUAUUUUAGUGCUUUUUUCGAUACAUAUUUUACUUAGAAGCAGGUAGUACAUCUACAAUCUCAUUUUAUCAUCUAGUCUUUCUUGUAUCCUGAUGUACUUUUUCAAUGUAUAUUUUUAGACUUUACCUCAGAAAUAUAGGUUCUCUACAAUCUACUCUGUACCACAUAUGCUUCACGACGAAGUAUUUUGGCGAUAUUUCCAUACAAGCUUUAUUUUCGAUGAUUCUAAAGUCGAACACGAGCAAUAAUUGAUAAAAAUUAAGAAGAAAAAACCCUGUAAAUGGUUGUAAAGGUCUCCUAAAACGAGAUAUAUGUUUUGCUUGCCGAUUUAAAGCGAAACAACGAGACAUUUAUAAAGCGUUUUGAAUUUGUAUUUAGUCAUACAGGGCCCUGGCACUUGUUAAACCCACACACGGACUUGUGUUGUCGAGAUUUACUGUUUACUUGGUUUUCACGCAUUUGAAUCGAAGAUAAUCAUAAAUGUAGGUAACUUAAAAUACUCUUGUGAUCCAACUAUAACGGACACGUAUGUAAUAUGUAUUGUAUUAAGACAUUCUCUCUGAUCUCAUUACUUUCUUUGUCAAUCAACUCACAUAAACAACUCCGACAAUAAUUAUAACUUUAAUGCUUCCGUGGCGAAACUGUUUUACAGGGAAAUAAAUAUUUACAGGUAAAAAAAUAUAUAUAUCAACUUAUAGUGAUGCAAGGGGAGUAACUCCCGUAGAAUAUAAAACUUUGAACGAACAUUUUAUAUGGAAAUGUAUAAAGUAGGGUUUAGUUGAGGAUUAGUCCUAAAAGAAUGACUUUCAACGCAUACAAAUAAUAAGAGUUAUGGGCUCCAAACCUAUUUUAGGUAUAGUGUUAUGAAAAUGUCUUAUUUGUCAACCCGAUUUAAAAUUACAAUUACAAUUUCUCUGAGAAGUAUAACAGGUGUCAAGCAAAAAAAACUUCAGAUAUAGAGCAAAGCCUAUUUGUGUGGGGUUUUAUAUUUUUAUCUUAGAUAUAGAAUUAUUUUUGUUAUUUACUUGCUUUUAUUUUGAUCACUUGUUUUCGUAGAAUAGUUAAGUUUAUAUUUUGUUUUCCUAUUAAUUAGUGUUGUUUUUUUAAAUUUCGAACAUGUAUUUAUAGUUAUAAUUUGUUGUCCUUUGAUUUGUAUGUACACUGUAGACAGGUAUACUGUGGAAUCUCGUGUAUCAGGACUCUGCUUACGGGGAAAAGUAACAUUUCAGAGAGAAUUGUGGAAACUAACGUGUAGCCUUAACUGUACAUAAAACAUUUCUUACCAUCUGUAUAUGAAUGUGUUACUCAAAUGUGUGAGGUAAAGGCCAAAUCAUAAACUGUUGCGUUUUCUUUUUCAAAUCUGAACACUUGAGUUACAUGUACAUACAUACUUACUUUCGCCCACUUAUUGAUGGAAAUAUACCCAAAAGCAUGAACAUAAUGAUAUUUUGAAAUCCACACAACGUUAUCAAAUCCAGCAACAGAUUUUAAUUAACUGAUUAUGCUAGUUUUAUUGCUGUAUUAUGAGGCAAUUGAAUAUGUUCUAAUAAAAUACCCAUAAACUAAACGCAACAGACUGUGAAUAUUGUAGUAUGCUAAAUACUUUGCUAAAUUCAAGUUUUGGGGGGUAAAAAGAUCAUGUAUUGAUAUAUCCAUUCAGCAAUUUAGAUAACAAAAAUACUGACCCUUUCAGUAACUAAGCAAGGAAGUCUUAAACAAUUUGAAUUCUCAACUUGACGUGUAACUCAUUCACCUCUUAAUUUCAUAAUGAACUUUUCUAUCCUCUGAAUUGGAAGAGUGCGAAUGUGUUAUCAUGGCUGAACGAGUUAAAAAUACACAAAUAUACUUCUGUCGUUAAAAUCAUGGAUCUGUGCUAAACAAUAUAUGUAACUAGAUUGAAGGAUGAAAUAUGUAGCAAUUAAACAAAACAAGACCUGUAAGAUCGAAUUUGUGUACAACAUGUCUCGUUAAUUAAGGUAUAUAUUGUAUAUAAAUGAAACAGUUUAUUUAGAUAAGAUGAAAUGUCAAACCUUAAACGACUCCUUAUUUGUUUAUCGCUAUCAAACGAGAAUGAUAAUAUGUAAUUUAGUCGAUUUUUUUACAAUACUUUAUGAGGCUUCGUGUAUAAAUACAUUAAUAAAUUGUAAAAUACA